GCGCACCCUUUCUGGAGGACGGGCGGCGGCGGCGGCGGAGGCAAGAGGAUGGCAUCGGACCUGGCCCUGCACAGCGCCGACCUGCCCACUAGUCCCUUGGCCAUGGAAUAUGUUAAUGACUUCGAUCUGAUGAAGUUUGAAGUGAAAAAGGAGCCGGUGGAGACGGACCGCAUUAUCAGCCAGUGCGGCCGCUUGAUCGCUGGGGGAUCGCUCUCUUCCACCCCGAUGAGCACGCCCUGCAGCUCGGUGCCCCCGUCGCCCAGCUUCUCGGCCCCCAGCCCGGGCUCCGGCGGCAGCGACCAAAAGACCCACUUAGAAGACUACUACUGGAUGACCGGUUACCCGCAGCAGCUCAACCCGGAGGCGCUGGGGUUCAGCCCGGAAGACGCCGUGGAAGCGCUGAUCAACAACAGCCACCACCAGCUCCAGAGCGCGGCGGCCGCGGCCGGCUUCGAAGGCUAUGCUAGAGGCGACCGCUUCUCGGACGAGCAGCUGGUGACCAUGUCGGUGAGGGAACUCAACCGGCAGCUGCGGGGCGUCAGCAAGGAAGAGGUGAUCCGGCUGAAGCAGAAACGACGGACCCUGAAAAACCGGGGCUACGCGCAGUCCUGCCGCUUCAAGCGCGUCCAGCAGCGGCACGUCUUGGAAUCCGAGAAGAACCAGUUGCUCCAGCAAGUGGAACAUCUGAAGCAGGAAAUCUCCAGGCUGGUCCGGGAGAGGGACGCCUACAAGGAAAAAUACGAGAAAUUGGUCAGCAGCGGGUUCCGGGAAAACGGAUCCAGCAGCGACAACCCCUCUUCUCCAGAAUUUUUCAUGUGAGUCUUCUCUCCCACCCCCCACCCCGCGAGUCAACCCCGUCUCCGACCCGCAACCCCCUUGGCCCUGACAGCCUCUUGCCGCUCUUCAGAGCGCACGCACGCACGCACACACAAACACACACGGGCGAGCAAGCACGUGCACAAAAGUUCUCGGGCUGGAGGGGGGAGGCCAGCGAGUUGGUCGCCGUGUUAAUUAUUGUUAACUUGGGCCAACCAAAUAAUUAAUAGUUCCUAUUCCUCAUCAUCAUCAUCAUCA